AUGGCGGAUGUGUUGUUAAGUGAUGCCGAAAAAACUUUUAUUCUUCAUGGAAUUCAGGACAAUCUCCGAGAAGAUGGGCGAGGCUGUGAUGAUUAUCGGCACAUGGAAAUUGAGACUGAUGUAGUCUCCAAUACCAGUGGUUCUGCCAGAUUACGUUUGGCCAAUACAGAUGUACUUGUUGGAGUAAAAGCUGAACUUGGGGUUCCAGAACCUAUAAAACCUAACCAAGGUCGCUUGGAGUUUUUUGUUGACUGUUCUGCAAAUGCCACCCCUGAAUUUGAAGGAAGAGGAGGAGAAGUUCUUGCAACUGAGAUCAGCACAAUAUUAUCUCGGGCUUAUGAUAAUCCAAAUGCUUUAGAUUUAAAAUCAUUGUCUGUGAUUCCUGGAUCUCAGUGCUGGAUUCUGUAUGUAGAUAUUUUGUUAUUGGAGUGUGGAGGUAACCUUUUUGAUGCAGCAUCCAUAGCUGUUAAAGCUGCACUAUUCAGUACCAAAAUCCCAAAUGUAUCAGUUUUGAAAGGAGAUGAAGGUCAAAUGGAACUUGAAAUUUCAGAUGACCCUUAUGAUGUGAAACAGUUGGACAUAUCAUCAUGUCCAUGUCUGGUAACUUUGAGCAAAAUUGGCUAUUUCCAUGUUGUAGAUGCUAGUCAAAAGGAAGAGGCAUGCUGUCUUGCUAGAGUUAUCAUGGGAAUCACACAGACAGGUUUAGUAACAGCUUUGAAAAAAGAGGGGUCAGGAAGUUUGGACCCAGAAAGUGUGUUUGACAUGAUGGAAACUGGAAAGAAAGUUGGAGAAAUUUUAGGUAAAAAUUUGACAGCUGUUCUGAAAGAAGAAGCAGCUCUUGGUAAAAAACGAAAAUUGGUUGGCUUUUUAAGAUAG